GGCACCUGUCUCAACAACGCCGGGCGCGCCCGCGCACCAGCGGCAGUGAACGAGGGACGCGGGGGGGCUGCGGCUCGCCGGCCGGUCUACAGCCGAGCCCGCGCCCCGCGUCGCGCCAGUCAGCUGUUGCAUGCUUAGACGCACGGCUGCGCUUACGCAUUUUUUUUCUUGUUACUAAAUUCUUAUCUACAUCUUGUUAUUCCGCUCUUAUACUAGUCAUUACAUUUUAUAUACAGUCCACUCGCAUUUUUAUUUUAUCACAUCGACAAGAGCUAUCGUCGCGUUUAUUGGUCCUUCUACCGUUAACGUUUGAACCGAACAAAGAAAGUCGUCGGCAACGGAAAUUUUUCAAAAUUUCAAAAAUCAACGGUCCAACGGUUUUCAACCGUCGCUUGGAGAACAAUAGACUUCGUCUUCGAGUUCAAGUUUCGCAAGUGAUCAUCAUAUUCUUCGUGUCAUCGCCUGCAUUUGAUCAUCGUGAGCAUCGAUACGGCAGCAGUCGUCUUCAUCGAGUUCACAUCCAACGGGCGGCGCAAGAAAAAAUCACCGAGACUUCGGAACAAGAAGACUCCUCGAGUUUACACGUCGGUCUACUCUUCGGACAGUCAUCAGCUCAUGAGCUCAUCAGAGGUUGACAGCAUAAAACCGAUGAAUUGGAGGCGUUGGUGGAGGACCCCAGCGAGCAAUAUGCCGAGCGCGAGGAGUUCGAAAAGUUGUACUACAGCUUAGUGGCUUCUGCACGGCAGCUGAUCAGCGGCGCAAGGAAGCUUCUGGAGGGGGAUUCCGCGAACGAGGUGGAUUCUUGUAUUUCUAGUACACACAAACACAAUUCAAUUCGUUUACCAAAAAUUGACUUGCCCAAAUAUUCGGGCAGCUAUCGUGAUUGGCUGGAAUUUAGUGAUACCUUUGUGUCUAUAGUGCAUAACAAUGCAAACUUGGAUAAAAUUAAUAAAUUGCAUUAUUUACGUGCUUCCUUAAAGGGUAGCGCUUCUUUAGUUAUUGAUAACCUUGACUUCAAUUCAGAAAACUAUGACACGGCCUGGAAGUUACUCUGUGAUAGGUAUGACAACAAGAGAUUGCUUGUCAACAAUCAUGUGCAAGCACUUUUCAACGUUCAGUCUAUUGACAGAGAGACAAGUAAGUCACUUCGAUAUAUAUUUGACACUACAAACAAAAAUCUUAGAGCAUUGGCAACCCUUGGUCAACCUAUUCAGAACUGCUUCGUCGACGUACUUAUCAUUUACAUAAUGACCAGUAAACUCCACCACAUAACCAACCUUAAGUGGGAAGAGCACAGGAACACCUUUGUUGAACCUCCAACUUUGUCUGCUUUCAUUAACUUCCUUAGUAACAGAGCUGACUUACUGGAGACAAUGGAGGAAUCUAAGCCAAUAGCUAUAGCUAAAAGCGAAUCCGUCACGACUUCAAAUAAAGCCAAAACUCAUUCAAUGUUACCUGAAAGGUCAUUAAAGGCCUUGACUUGUCCUAUGUGUCGUCAAGAUCAUUUUAUUUUUGCAUGUGAACAGUUUAAAAGCCUUUCAGUACAGGCUCGCAUUAAAAAGGCUCAGGAUUCAAAUGUGUGCAUGAAUUGUCUUCGUCCAGGUCAUGAUACUUCUAGGUGCAAGCUAGGUCAUUGUAAAUAUUGUCGUCAAAAACACAACACUCUGUUACACAUAGACAAUGACAAUGUUCUUCCUAGUGCACACAACACUGUAUUAUCAGCUACUCAAUCCUCUUCAUCUCGAAUAAUUUUACUUUCCACAGCACUCGUGAGGGUGACUGACGCUGACGGUAAUCACCAAACAGCGCGGGUCUUGCUGGACAGUGGGAGUACUACCAAUUUUAUUUCGGAGGACUUUGUUCGUAAGCUGCAUAUUACUACCUACAUUACCAACACUAAGGUAACAGGUAUAAACUCUCAUUCUUCUAGUUGCAGUCAGGGGUGCUCAGUGUCGUUAACAUCAAUUGACGACAGUGGGUACAAUCUGAAUAUCGAUUGUUUCGUAUUGCCGAAAGUAUCAGCAUCGGUUCCACAUGCCUAUGUUGAUACCAGCAACAUACGUAUACCUACGAACGUGCACCUUGCUGACCCCACUUAUUAUAUUCCGUCUUCGAUCGACAUCCUUGUCGGUGCGGAAGUCUUCUGGGGUAUCAUAGGCAGUGGCCGUAUCGCAUUAGGUACUCAUAAACCCACGUUGCUUGAGUCAAAACUAGGUUGGCUCAUUUCGGGUACAUAUUACCAUCAAUCGGAUCUCACUUCACAUGUUUGUAUGCACAUUAACAACUUACAAGUUGAUUUAAAUCGGUUUUGGGAGUUAGAUUCUGUGUCAUCUAUACAUAAUCAUACAAGUGAGGAGAGAUCCUGUGAACAACAUUUUACAGAUAACACAUAUCGUGAUUGUGAUGGGCGAUUUGUGGUAACUAUUCCUUUUAAAGAGUCACCAGACGCAUUGGGUGAUUCAUACGUGUUAGCUAAACAACGAUUUCUAUCUCUUGAACGUCGUUUGGGUAGAGAUCUUCGGCUUAAAAACUUAUACGUUGACUUUAUUAAUGAGUACAUAGAGCUCGGACACAUGUCUGAAUCUACCGGACAUCCACUCGACUCAUCAUAUUCCAAUUAUUUACCACAUCAUAGUGUUUUAAAGGAGUCACGAACUAGCACCAAAUUGAGGGUAGUUUUUGACGCUUCCGCCAAAACUAAGUCAGGCAAAUCUUUCAACGACAUACAGAUGGUUGGUCCCACCAUCCAAGAUGAUUUAUUGUCAAUACUGCUUCGAUUUCGUCAGCAUAAAAUCGUCAUCAGCGCGGACAUUGAAAAAAUGUACCGACAAACUCUUGUUCAUGUCAGUAAUCGUCCUUUACAAAAAAUUCUUUGGAGGGCCGAACCAACUCAUCCGUUGAAGGAAUACACACUUAACACAGUUACGUACGGCACAUCAUCAGCACCAUUUUUGGCCACUAGGUGUUUACUUCAACUGUCUGAAGAGUGCUCAGAUCCGUCAACUAAGUUUUCCAUAGCUCGUGAUUUUUAUGUCGAUGAUUUUCUGUCCGGUGGGUCAUCUGUUUCAGAAGUAUUGGAAAAGGCCUGCAAUGUUGACGGUGUUCUUCGGUCAGCGAAGUACAAUCUUCGGAAAUGGCGGUCCAAUUCCAAUCAGGUCCUGCAGGCGCUUAGCGGUGAACCUGAGGUUUCGGAUGUUUUGAACCUGAGUGACAACGAGCAGUCGAAGACUCUAGGACUUCUAUGGAAAAGCUUGAGUGACACGUUUUCGUUUUCUAUUGACAUAAACAUCACUGAAAAGGCUACUAAACGUCACAUCUUGUCAAUCAUAGCGCAAAUCUUUGAUCCUGUUGGUCUGGUCGUUCCAUGCAUAGUGGAAGCCAAAAUUAUCAUGCAGCAACUAUGGUUGGCUAAAUGUUCUUGGGAUGAGCUUGUUCCCGCACAUAUUCAGUAUGCUUGGAAAGACUUUCAAAAUAGUCUGCACCUUUUGAAUGAGUUCAAGAUACCCCGGUGGGUCUUGUGUGAUUCUGCGUCCCGUCUGCAGCUGCACAUCUUCACUGACGCUUCCGAAAAGGCUUAUGGAGCGUGUGCUUAUGUUCGCAGUGUUUCAAGAGACGGCAAGGUCACGGUACAUCUACUUACCGCUAAAAGCAAGGUAGCUCCAAUCAAAUCCACCACCAUACCGCGGCUUGAGCUGUGUGGUGCCUUGUUGGGCUCACGGUUAUACUCAAAGGUUCGUCAGUCACUUACCUUACGGUUUGAUGAAGUUCAUUGUUGGUGUGAUUCCACAAUCGUCUUGGGAUGGCUAGCUACUUCGUCAAACCAAUUAAAAUCAUUCGUUCGUCAUCGCGUGUCUGAAAUUCAGGAAACUAUAGGAGGGGAGGCUUGGAGAUAUGUUCCGUCGGCUGAAAACCCCGCAGAUCUCGCUUCGCGUGGACUUCGAACUGACAGGCUGAUAUCUUCUUCAUUGUGGUGGUCAGGACCACAAUUUCUCACUAAAGAUAGGUCUUCAUGGCCACAAUUCCCUAUAUCAAAUCAUAAUGACUCUGAGUUACCAGAAACAAUCACUUCUUGUCAUGUUUCUCAUCAUAUUAUUGAAAAUUGUAUUUGUGGCUUAUGGUCCAAGUUUUCAAACUUUAAUACAAUACAUCGUGUGACGGCAUAUGUCAUGCGAUUUAUUAAUAAAUGCAAGAAAACAUCAGUACAGUGUGGUUCACUAACUUCUACUGAACUUAAUAAUUCUUUGAAUCUGUUGUUAAAACUUAGCCAAAUGGAAUCUUUCCCGGAAGAAUAUCAUUUACUUAAAUCAGGUAAACAGUUGCCAGCAAAAAAUAAAUUAUUAUACUUGUCUCCUUUUUUCGAUAAUAUUUCAAACCUGAUUCGUGUUGGGGGAAGAUUAAAUAAUUCAUUUUACGAUUACAAUAUCAAGCAUCCAAUUUUAUUAUCUAGUUCUCAUACAAUUUGCAUCCUCUUGUUCAAUAUGUUUCACUUACGCCUUCUGCAUGCUGGGCCUCAGCUUUUAUUAGCCACUGUUCGUCAUCACUACUAUCCCAUUGGAGGUAGGAACUUGGCAAAAAAGGUCACCCAUCAAUGCGUUAAAUGUUGUAGGGUCAAGGCUAACACUAUUCAGCCUAUCAUGGGUAAUCUUCCAAAGCAGCGAUUACAUUUAGAGUUUCCCUUUUUAGACACAGGUAUAGACUACGCUGGUCCUGUCAUGAUAGCUGACCGGAAAGGUAGAGGGUGUCGGCUCAUCAAAUGUUUUAUUUGUGUGUUCGUGUGUCUAGCUACAAGAGCCAUUCACCUCGAGCUUGUGUCGGACCUUACAAAGGAAGCUUUCUUAGCUGCGCUUAAUCGCUUUAUUGCUCGCAGGGGAAAACCGCGCAACAUAUUUUCCGAUAAUGGAACAACGUUUGUUGGCGCCUUCAAUGAGUUGGCCAAGCUGCUUUCUCAAGACUUAAAUGUUAACACCAUCGACCCAGGCAUUCACUUCUCUUUCAUUCCUGCAUAUACUCCACACUUCGGUGGCUUAUGGGAGUCUGCAGUUAAAUCCACCAAACAUCAUCUCCGGCGGAUUUUAGGUCUAACAAACCUUAACUUCGAGGAGAUGGCUACUUGUUUAAUACAAGUUGAGGCUAUCUUGAAUUCAAGACCCUUAACACCUUUAUCCAACGAUCCUUCCGACCUCGCUCCUUUAACACCUGCCCAUUUCCUCAUUGGUCGUUCUCUAAUCAUGCUGCCUCAUUCACAGGUCCAAAACGCCAACAUCAACAGCCUAAAACGCUUUCAUCGCAUUGACGUAUUGAAACAACAUUUCUGGACUCGCUUCGCGCAUGAAUACAUCAUGUGGUUACAGGAGAGAACGAAGUGGCGUCGGUCCUCCGGCGAGCUCAAGGAGGGAACUAUGGUCGUCAUAAAGGACAAUAACUUACCUCCUCUUAUGUGGCUCUUAGGACGCAUCACACACGUUUUACCCGGCAGAGAUGGCGUCGCCAGGGUCGCCGACAUCCUCACCAAGAAGGGUGUCAUCCGGCGCGCCUUCAACACCAUCUGCCCGCUGCCGGUCUCCACUGUUGAAGACUCUUCAACGGGGGGAGUAUGUUGAGGCACCUGUCUCAACAACGCCGGGCGCGCCCGCGCACCAGCGGCAGUGAACGAGGGACGCGGGGGGGCUGCGGCUCGCCGGCCGGUCUACAGCCGAGCCCGCGCCCCGCGUCGCGCCAGUCAGCUGUUGCAUGCUUAGACGCACGGCUGCGCUUACGCAUUUUUUUUACUUGUUACUAAAUUCUUAUCUACAUCUUGUUAUUCCGCUCUUAUACUAGUCAUUACAUUUUAUAUACAGUC